GCACACACAACAAUUCAGCUGAGGGUGCGCUGCAAAGAAAAAAUAAGCUUAGGAAACAAAAGUUCCAAUGGGAAAGUUCAGCUUUCUUUUCACAUCUUUGCUGCUCAUCUGCUUCUUGGCAUCAGAGAUAACAUAUUACUAUGCAGACAGUCAGGGGAUACAGCAGCCAUUCAGUAAGGCCAUUCUGGAGAUGUUACAUAUAAAUACACUUACAUUUCCACAGCGUACUAAGCUUCACCCCUACAUGAGACAGAUCUAUCAGCGACUCAGUUCAUCAGAAGCUAAGGAUUCCACUGAAACUGAGGGAACUCUGGUCCAAAGUUUCAGGAGUAUCAAAGUUCCUGAAUAUGACAAUCCUGGAUGGUUAUGGUUUAACAUUUCCAGCCUCAAGCCCUCCAUGUUGGCGGCAGAGCUGGUGCUACUGCGGAGAACCCUGCACCCAAAGUCACUCACAAUCAAUGUGACAAUACACACAAUUGGUUUGGAAGGGAACAACCUGUCCAUCAGCGAUCCACUAGACAAGAAGAUAUUGAAUCUGAGUGAGCUGCCAUCCUCUGGCUACGACACGUUUAAUGUUUCCAUCAUCCUGAGACAGUGGCAGGUGGAUGUAAUUGGAUUCCAGUUCCAGUUUACUGAUGACAGUGGCAGUCUGGUCUUGCAUGAUGCCCUCACUCAGAGUCUCUACUGUCUCAACACAAGUUCUCAAGAUGAACCACUUCUCAUCACUUAUCGGUUGGCACUGUCUGAAAGGAGCAAGAUGGCCAAUUUACGUGGCAGCAGGAGUAGUCAGCAGUGCACUAGUGGAUGGAGGAGGAGCCAUCUUCCUCGCAGAGAUAUUCCUGGAGAGUGCAACCUGCACCAGUGGUUCGUGAGCUUACGGUCUUCAGAGUUAAAUCACUGGAUCCUGGAACCUCAGGGUUACUAUGCUAACUUCUGUAGAGGUCAUUGCUUCAGUACGGUCUCUGACAAGGAGAAAGCAGUAUCAACCAGCUCCACUUGGGACCCAGUAGAGCAAAAUACAACCAAAUCACAAAGAUGGUACUGCACUCCACAGAGAUAUUCUUCAAUCAAAAUAAUGUAUAUUACAGAGUAUGGAAAUAUUUUUAUUGAGAAUUUGAAAGAGAUGAGUAUUGAAAGUUGUGCUUGCAAAUAAGAUUUCUUUACAGUGAAUAUAUCACCUUUUCAUUUCCCUACAUCAUCUAAAUUCCAUGUUUUCACUACUGAGAAGAAAAUUUUAGUACAAUAAGAAAUGAUUGGAAUAAUCUGUUAGGAAGUGCUGGGCAUUAUUCAUUAUUUGCAAUUCACAUUAGUAGAUUGAGUAACCGACAUAACGAGGAAAAAAUAAAUUGUGCCAGCCAAAAGAAGCUGGAGAUAAUAUUUUUAUUGUGAUACUUUCAUAAAUGUUAUGGUUUUAUGCAGGUUGUUGCUAUAUUUUACACUGUGUUUGAUUUCUUCUUUCACAUGGUCUAACAGUUCUCCCUUCUUCCUCCAAUCUAGACUUUCAAAAAUUAAUCAAUAAUUCCUGAUUAACCUAAUUAUAGACAUUCAUUUCAGACAUGGUGCUCUGCAUUACAGUGCUGUUGUUUAACAAUUAUAAUUUCAUCCACUUUAGGUUGUUCAUCUGUAAACUACUAAAAUCUUGCUUUCCUGGUAAAGGAUAUUAAGAAAUUACAGUACAUCUGAUGUAUUUUGUGCUUAAAUUGUACUUUAAUCGACAACCCAAUUUUAAGGUUUUGCAUAUCUUAUAACUUUGGUGAGCUUCAUAAUCUAAGCUUUUUUUAAGUUCACGUUCAUUCCUAGCAAUAAAAUGACCAUGACCUAAAAUGAAAUUUACUGAACUCAUUAAGCACCUACCUUUAUGCUAAUUAGAAACAAUACAUACUGUAAUCUGUAGUAGGCCGUAAGGCAAAGUAAUGCAUAUGCUUCAAUGAAAUAAAUAUCUUACUUUACAA